AGCACAGAUUUGCCAGUACUCAAUAAGAGCGUAAGGUUUCACGGCCCCCAAUUGCACUUUGAUCGACACUUUGAGACUACGCUACCACUUUCCAGCUUUUGACUCUCAAGAAAACAUCAAGCUCUUCAAGAUGAAGCUGUGGUUCGUUGCUGCCUUACUUAUCUCGGCUGCGCUUCCAGCUGUGUGGAGUUUGAAGUGCUAUGUUUGCACCAGCACCGAAUCAUGGGAUAAAUGCAAAGACAAAGAAGUAAGCGCGACCUGCGUGGCUCCGGCUGCUGAUAAAUGUGUUAAGGUUUAUUAUAAAUUUGGCUCACUCCAAACGUUCACCAAAUCGUGCGGAGCCGAUUCUUACUGUGAUCAGAAAACCAACCCUCACUGUAAAGACGCCAUUGGAUCAUUCGAGUGUGAUAUCAAUUGCUGCAGCGGUGACGACUGCAAUGCUGGCUCAGCAACCCGCAUUAGUGGUAUUCUGUUACUGUCAUGCGCCUUGGUCUCUCUGAUGAUCUUUUUCAAAGCCUGAAACGUGACCGUGGUUGAGGUCAAACACGGUUGAUGGUCAAGUCUGCAACUAUUAUCCACUUUUUUAAAAUGAUGUCGGUAGUGAAUUUAGAUAGAACUUCUUGCUUGGGACGUAGUAGUAGUACAUAGGAUGGUUCUCGUGAAAAGGAAAUGAAGUCAGGCCGUUUUAUACCUCCAACAGAGGAUGCUAGUCCAGCAUAGUCUUUCGCGUAUUGUGUUAAUUAACAACAGAAAAAUAGAGGUGCUUUUUUAAAUUGUUAAAUGAUGUAGCUCUGGAAAAAUAAAACGUUGUUUCUGACAACCUCUUCUUAAA